GUAGCAGUUUGACAAAAGCUUUGAUCCCAAGAUCAAAUCUUCAUAUCAAAAGGCCACUGGUCACUACAGUAAUGAUUACAGCUUGGAAUUGAUAAAGAAAUGGGUCAAGCAUUCCCUAAGUUAAACAAAUCAGCACAAUUCAAUCUUUUUCUACGCUCCAACUAACUUCUGACUGAUCCUCAAUUCUUUUGGAUUCCUCUCUCUCUCUCUCUCAAAACCGCCCUUUUCAGAGGGGAGGUGGGGCUGAUACUUCUGUAGGUUUGCUGGAUUUGCCUUUUGCUCGAUCAGUUUAGACAUCUCUAAUCACUCAUGACAACUGAAGCUAUUCCAUCAGAACCCCAAUCAAAGUUCUGUAAUAAACUCAAGGGCUUUGUCUCAAGAAAGGCACCAAAAUUGAGUCCUUCCCCUCACCUAACCCUUUGUUGUACUCUCUACACACUGCAUUCUCCUUACUUCACUUGUACUGCUUGUGGGUCUCCUCCUGUAAUCUAAAACCCCCAAUACCCAUGUCUUUACUUCUCUGUUUUCUCCAACUCUCGCUUGAUUUCUCUUCAUUUUCACUUCUCCCUUGGAUUGGUUGGGCCAGAAAUGGAAGAUCUUGAGGGCUGAUUUCAGAUUGAAGGACAUGGGGGUGCCUCUGAUUCUCAUUUUUAAGCUCGUAAUUGUCAGUGCUUUAUCAGUUUGUGGAUCUGCAGCAGGUUUCUCUAUACCUUCACUUGCAGCAGCUUCAGCAGUUCUUCGUUUAAAUCUAGGAACACCUGUCCUCAGCUCUCAUGAAACCACCAGACCAGGCCCCAUUAUCUCUCCCAUAUCAACUUCUCUAAGCUUUGACUGGAAAAGACAUGGAAUUCAAGCACUACAACCAAAUGAAGCAUUGCACAAUUUGUCACCUAGUUUUACUUAUCCCGCUAAAGCCCCUUUUCAGCACCAGGCUGUGAAGCACCCCAUGAAAGCAUUUGCUCCUUCAGUAUCAUCUCUAAGACAUCAUGCAAAAAAUUCAGUGCAUGGUUCUGCAUCUUCAUCGUCAUUCUCAUUUUAUAAGCAUCAUCAUGCAAAGAACAAAACUAGCUUGGCUCCUAAAGAAUCUAAAUAUCAUCCUUCAUCCACUUAUAGUCGUGAAGGUUUAGGCCCUUCAAUCUCCCCUUUACAUUCUCCCUCUCCUUCUACAACAAGGCAAAGUUAUCCUGUACCUGCACCAUCACCAGCAGCCACACCAGGCCAAUUUAACAUGCUUAUCCGUCCGCCUACAAUAUCUCCACAGAGCUCUUCAGUUAAAAAGAAGGCUACUCCACCAUCGUCACCACUUUUCUCGUUGCCACCUCCUCCUCCUAAUGAAGAUUGUACAUCAGUGACAUGCACAGAGCCAUUGACAUAUACAGCUCCUGGAUCACCCUGUGGUUGUGUGUGGCCAAUUGAAGUUAGACUGUCCCUUAGCAUUGCCUUGUACACAUUCUUCCCUUUGGUCUCUGAACUGGCCAAGGAAAUUGCUUCCAGUGUUGCACUUAACCAAAGUCAAGUUCGCAUUAUGGGGGCAAAUGCAGCCAGCCAACAGCUAGAGAAAACAAUUGCUCUCAUCAACUUGGUUCCAUCAAGAGAACAUUUUGACGCAUCUACUGCAUUCUUGAUCUACAGGAAAUUCUGGCACAAACAGGUUUUAAUAAAGACUUCACUCUUUGGUGCCUAUGAAGUGGUAUACGUCCGUUAUCCAGGUCUUCCACCAUCUCCUCCUUCAAUCCCUUCAAGCAUCAGUACUAUAGAUAGUCAUCCAUAUCCUGGCCAGGACAAUGAUGCAAGUAUGAUAAAACCUUUAGGUGUUGAUGUGCCAAGGAAAAAGAAGGAAAGUUCUAAUGGAAGUAUGAUUGCUGUAAUUGUUCUAUCAUCUGUUACAGCUUUUGUUGUAUGCACAGCAGUUAUUUGGCUUUUGCUGUUCAAAUCUGGCUGCAUGCAUCAACCAGCACAAGCUCCACAUAUUUUAAUAUCCUCCAACAGAAAACCAUCAGCAGGGGAUGCCAGAUCGACAUUUGGAAGCAGGACCAGUUCUGCAUCUCGGUCCUUGAGUUCUAGCUUGUUUGCAUAUACAGGAACUGCCAAGAUUUUCAACCUACAUGAAAUAGAGAGAGCCACAGAUCAUUUUGAUGGAACAAGGAUACUCGGGGAAGGUGGGUUUGGACUUGUCUAUAGUGGCCUUCUUGAUGAUGGACGGAACGUAGCUGUGAAAGUUCUCAAGAGAGAUGACCAUCAGGGCACCCGUGAGUUCUUAGCAGAAGUUGAGAUGCUUAGUCGUCUGCACCACAGAAACUUGGUCAAAUUAAUUGGUAUUUGCACUGAAGAACAUACUCGCUGCCUGAUCUAUGAACUAAUUCCCAAUGGAAGUGUCGAAUCCCAUUUACAUGGAGUUGACAAGGCAGCUGCCCCUCUUGAUUGGGGUUCUCGAAUGAAGAUUGCCCUCGGUGCAGCACGGGGUUUGGCUUACCUGCAUGAAGACUCAAGCCCUCGUGUUAUACAUAGGGACUUCAAGUCCAGCAACAUUUUGUUAGAACAUGAUUUUACACCAAAAGUUUCAGAUUUUGGAUUGGCUAGAUCCGCAUUGGAAGAGGGAAACAAACACAUCUCGACACAUGUCAUGGGAACUUUUGGUUACUUGGCUCCAGAAUACGCAAUGACCGGUCAUCUUCUGGUGAAGAGCGAUGUUUACAGCUAUGGUGUAGUCCUCCUCGAGCUCCUAACAGGAAGAAAGCCUGUAGACUUGUCACAGCCUCCAGGUCAAGAGAAUCUGGUUGCUUGGGCUCGUCCUCUCCUCACAACCAGGGAGGGUUUAGAAAUGAUCAUCGACCCUGCUCUGAAGCCAAACAUUCCAUAUGAUAAUGCAGCCAAGGUAGCGGCAAUUGCGUCAAUGUGUGUGCAACCAGAAGUGUCGCACCGUCCUUUCAUGGGGGAAGUUGUUCAGGCCUUGAAUCUUGUCUGCAGUGAGUUUGAUGACAUAAAAGAGCCGGCAUCAAGAACUUGCAGCCAGGAUGAACUCUCUAUCGAUUUGGAAAUGAAGACUAGUGGAGUUUCAAGUGAGCUCAUGAGAGCCUCAGUCGGCCAUUAUCCAAUACCUGGCAAUGAUGAUUCUAUCUUUGAUGCGAAGCCGGCGUUAUCAGCUUCAGACUUUGUUAGUGCAUCGGCUAGGUUUGAAGAAGAGGAGCAUGGAUCUUUUAGAAAGCAAUAUAAUUCUGCACCUCUGGGAAUGGGAAGAGGAAGGCCAUUCUGGCAAAGGUUAAGAGGGCUCUCUCGGGGCACCAUGAGCGAGCGAGGAUUUUCGCUAAGACUAUGGCCUGGAUCUCGUUAAACCUUUCCAAUCUGCACCACCAUAACGAAAGCUCUCGACAUGACUGAAACAACGCAUGAAUUGCAGUCGCCUUCAGUUCUCGUCGGUUUCUCUGUGGCAGUGAAGCAUUCAAAAACCUGGAAUCACCGAACCAGAACAGAUGAUAUUCAUGAGCAUUGGAUGAAUAUCUUGGGUUUUUCCGGGUGAUCCUGCUAUUGUGCAUAACAGUUUCUCUGUUGCAAAUGGUGAAGUGUCUUGUGUUUUCUUUGUUUGCAUGAAUUGAGAGACUCUUUGAAUCCUUUGUGAACCUUUUACUUAAUCAGCCUACUUCUGUAAGCGUGCAUGUGCCUCCUUCACUUGAGAUAGUGAUUUAAGCAGCAGCCUACGAACCUCAUUUCUUGAGAAACCUCCUACCAUUUGUGUCUGUUAAUCUCUUGUUGCA